UCCUGGUUACAAAACUAGUGGUCAUCUAAGACGGUCGGUCAGUUGAAGGAGUGGCUCUCUGAAGGUGGACGCUUUGGUGUACAUGUGUUAACUGUUGUCUCUCCCUCUCGGCUGCACAUAUGCAUGUGGAUAGACAGAGCCGAUACAUGAGCAUAGGAAGAGAUCAGGUCUGUUGAGACUUUAAUCAAGGCCUUAAUCAGUGCUAUCUUUAAUCAAGGCCUUAAUCAGUGCUAUUUGUUUUUUCUUUGAAGUUACUGCACAUCUACAAUUUGAACGAUUUAUUCUGGGAUCUACAAGAGUGACGUAGUUUUCAACUUAUUUCUUCCAGAAAAAAAAAUUAAGAGAUGUCAUCCUGACAUAGGAAUUUGAAUAAUUUUCAACAUGCCUUCUUGGUUUUGUGUGGAAUUGUGCUAUUUAUCAAGCAGAAAUUCUUGACAAAACUAUUUUUAGAAGUGAUCGCACUUCUCUUGUAAACAAGGAGUAAACCCAAUCUGGACAAUUUCAUCCAGCAACUACUGUAGAUUUAGAUUCAAUACUUCUGCUGGCUAUAUUAUAUAAGAUAAGAUAUUUCGUUUCGGAAAAACUCAACACUUAUAAAAAGAUACCAAUGACCAUGUCUGAAGGAGCCCUUGACCUCAGUCUUUCUUCCUAUUCGCUCACAAACAAGCAUGUAGCACUCACUAACAAACACACAGCACGACCUAUGGAGGUGGUCAGUAGUGACUCUGGCCGAGCCUCUUCUGACAGCACUUCUUCCGAGCCACACGAAGACAUAAAGCCAGAAGUGAAGCCUUCGCCACUCGGGUUUAACAUGCCAACCACACUCGCUCCAGGUCAUCCACAUCGAGUCAGCCACACGUCCCCUGGCCCAGUGGCCUUCCCAAACUCACAUCUAAGGGACUUGCCUCACCUUUCUCACAUGAUGCUCAACCCCACCGGCAGCCCGCCACUGACAAUCAACCCGGGUAGCAUGGACAACUUCGCAAAUCAAGCCUCACCAGUAAAUGUGACAUCAGUUUCCGGGGAAGACGCUCUGAAGCCUUCCAUGCCUUCCGAGAGAGCGUCUGAGAGUAGAGCUGCUAUGAGACCUUAUAAAAUGUACCCUGUUGAUCCCUUCAGUAUGUAUGGCAAUCCAUUGAUGGCCGGUGCAUCGGGGACACUGUCGCCCUCCCCUGUUGCACUCCAGUCCCUCUAUGACAGCAUGUCCCCUUCAGGAUUCCCAACAUUUCCUCUAACGCCCCUGACGUCACAUCUCCUGCAGCGAAAAAGGCGCGCAGAGAACAGGGAACACACGAACAGCGCCAGCAGCCAGAGCUCUGCGCCCACCACAACCCAGACGAACAGUAACAAUACAAAUAGUAGCAGCAGCAACAACAACCCUGGAGACAGCAGCUCCAGAGUCAGCACCUCCAGCCCCGUGUCACCAAGGGAGGACAUCGACUCCAACAGCGAUGGGGAGAAAAUGAAAAGGUCUCUGUCCUCCGCGGACGUUAAAAAAGACGAGGCUUACUGGGACAGGCGGAGAAAGAAUAACGAGGCGGCCAAACGAUCUCGGGACGCCAGACGGCAAAAAGAAGAAGAAAUCGCCAUGCGAGCAGCAUUUUUAGAACAAGAAAAUUUAAAACUUAGGGCGCAGGUUGCCAUUUUAAAAAACGAAACAGCAAAGUUGCAUUAUAUGUUAUAUAAUAGAAUAUAAAUGUUAAUAUAAUUAAUAAAAAACGUUUUAACUAAUAACAAAAACAAGGCUAGAAAACAUACUAAUAGUGCACAUUUGAUAUCUGUUUAUCUGUCAACAGAUAUCUAGCUAUAAAUUAAAUGUUGGGUACGUCCUACCAGUAACACGUCCUACCAGUAACACGUUCUACCAGUAACACGUCCUAUCAGUAACACGUCCUACCAGUAACACGUCCUACCAGUAACACGUCCUAUCAGUAACACGUCCUACCAGUAACACGUCCUAUCAGUAACACGUCCUAUCAGUAACACGUUCUACCAGUAACACGUUCUACCAGUAACACGUCCUAUCAGUAACACGUCCUACCAGUAACACGUCCUACCAGUAACACGUCCUAUCAGUAACACGUCCUACCAGUAACACGUCCUAUCAGUAACACGUCCUAUCAGUAACACGUCCUACCAGUAACAUGUCCUAUCAGUAACACGUUCUACCAGUAACACGUUCUACAAGUAACACGUUCUACCAGUAACACAUUCUACCAGUAACACGUCCUACCAGUAACACGUCCUACCAGUAACACGUUGACUUUAUCACUACUGUACUAACGGGUAAUAUUUACAUGUUGACUUUAUUUGAUAGGCAUCUGGAAUUGAUUUAAUUUUUCAUUUCUUAAGUUGGCACUUGUUCCCUAAUUGAUCCUUGCGGUUGAAGUGCUAUCAUGUUAGUUUGCAGACAUUGGAUUCUAUUCUCUAGAAUGUUUUUUGCUUCUAUUGUUAACAGUGGCGAAGCUAGGGAUAUGGGAGCCCAGGGGGGGGGGGGCUGGACCUCUUCAGGGGCCCCUGCAUUUUGACAUUCGUCAUCUUGGCAAGAGAUAAUGGCAUAAUAUUUAAUUUCAAUAGAAAUUUCACAUGCUCAUUUGGGCCUUUCCCCUUUCAAGUGGUGGCUUGGGGGGGAAUUUUCAAAUUUGGACCCCCUUCCCCCACCCUAGCUUACGCCACUGAUUGUUAAGUUUAACUUUGAUAAUUAAGAAUUCAGCAAUAAUGGAUGAAGGCCAUAUAUAAGCCUCUAAUUGCAUGCUAUUAAUGACAUUACAAUAUCAAAUUGCAAUCUUUCAGUGAAUCCGGUGAAUGCCUUAUAGAAAGGAAUGAGCUGUUUCAUUAAAAUAGCUUCAUUAUAGUCUACUCUUGGUUAAAGAGGAAUGCUCAAUUCUAUCCACACAAUAUCAUGAAAUAGACGAACCACAGAGUUCCACAUGCAAGUCACUAAGUCAAUUGUACUGUGCCAUCAUGUUGACCUAGAUAUAAACCUGCCUCCUUUAUUGUUAUUUAUUGUAACAGAUGUAGAUCUGGAUUUGUACUUAACGUUUUCACACUAUGCAUAUUACAACAUAACAAUGUAUGUAUUGUUUUUAAUUCAGGGUUUUACCUGACAUCCUCUGAACAUGAAUAUUUGUGUUCGCUCUUGCUGUGGUCUUAAUGCCUUGUUUUCUCCAUUGAUUCAAUAACCAUAUUAUGGGAGUUUUAAUUUUAGAAAAUCUGAGCGUUUUCAAACCAAAUACAAUGUAAACCAAAUACUCUUAAACAGUGCUUUUUUUUUUGUAAGCAAAUAGAUGCUGGUACUCAGUAAUGUAUUGCCUAACUUUAAACUACUAUUAAAUUCAUACUAAACGUUAAAAUGCAAGAAAAAUAAUAUUUUUUCCCCACAUUGAAAAAGGUGCCGGUAUGCCGUACCCCUAUUCUAAUGUUUUGUAAAAAAGAUGUAAAAUAUUAACAUUUUAUAUUCAAAAUGUUUUUACUCACGUAAAAUUCUACAGGAUUUAUUCACAUUUAUGUUUCAUAAAACCUCAGGACUGUACAAUGUUGUAUACUGUUGCUUUCUCUGCCUUCUGGGAAGAAAACUGUGUAUUAUUUGUCAGACACAACUGAGCUCUUCAUCUGUCAAUUGUCCAUGUUUCUACGGUGUUAAGUGAAUCUCAAUAUCUCAGGAAUGGCGAUCAUUUUGCUUUCUAUUUCGCCUUAAAAAUUGUACAGUUGGCAGCUUAUUUUUUUUUUUAUUUGUCCAAUUCACGGGUCAAUUUGUAUUUAUUGAUAACUUUGUUACGGUGCACGAUAUAUAUUCUUACUGGCAUUCUUGCAUGAUACAAUGAUUUGAUAUUUGUUUUUGUUUUUUUAAUGUUGUUAUUAAUAGAUGACCUUUGACCUUUUUUUUUUACUACUACUUAUAUAUGUGUGUGAGUCUGUGAGAGUUUGUGUGUAUAGAUGAUAGAUGUAUUUGUUUUUCCUGUGCCCACCGUGUGUUCAAUCAAUUGUGUUUCGGUUUUGUAUAUUUUAAUGCUCCAAUAAAUCUAUGCCAGAGACCUAUAUAUAUAUUUGUCAAUGGUCUAUUUUGUUUUAUUUUUUAAAUGUGACUUUAUAAAACGGGUAUUUCUGUUCU